AAAUGGUCCAAGGGGAAGAUGAAGGAGAAGGCCAAUAACCAAGUGUUGUUCGAACAGUCCACGUACGACAAGCUCCUCGCCGAGGUGCCGAAGUACAAGAUGAUUACUAUUUCCAUCUUGUGCGAUCGCCUUCGCAUCACGUGCUCCCUCGCGCGCAAGGGUAUCGCCAUCCUUUUGGCGAAGGGUUUGAUCAAGCCGCUCGUCCUUCACUCCAAGCAGCACAUCUACACGACCGCUGUCGCGACGGAGGCGUAA